AUGCUGCAAGGGUGUGUACUGAAGAACGUAUUUAUCAAUAAUGCAGGCCCCAGCAUAGGAGCCUGGCAGACUCUGCCAGGUCAGAACGUUUCGAGAAUAUUGGCACGUACUGGUUUCGACUGGGUGAUGGUUGACUGCGAGCACGGAAACAUGGAUGACGCCGCAAUGCAUGAGGCCGUCCCAGCUAUCGCUAGCUGUGGAGUUAGUCCUCUCGUGAGGAUUCCUGAUAUGCAAGGCUGGAUGAUCAAACGUGCUUUAGAUGCAGGGGCACACGGCAUUCUGGUCCCUCUUCUUCGUUCCGCUGAUGAGGCCAAAAGAAUCGUUAGCGCAGCUAAAUUUCCGCCCCAAGGCCAGCGUGGGCUCGGAUCGCCAUUCUCUAUGGAACGUUUCAACCCGGUGCCAACCAUGACAGAGUAUCUGCAACAAGCUAACGAAUCGCUCCUGACGAUGGUCCAAAUAGAGACGCAAGAAGCGCUUGAUGCCGUUGAAGAGAUAGCCGCUGUCCCAGGAAUUGACGUUCUCUUCGUGGGUCCUUUCGACUUAGGGAAUAAUAUUGGUUAUCCCAUACUAAAUGGAGUUAUUAAACCUGAGUUAGAACAGGCAAUUGACCGGAUCCUAGAGGCCACCAAUAAAGCAGGGAAGAAGUGCGGUUUCUUCGCCACGGGCGGAGAACAGGCCAAGCAAUAUGCCGAUAAGGGGUUCCAUAUGAUCAGUGUCGCACUUGACGCGACGCUGUUGCAGGCAUCGCUAGGCGUAUCGUUAAGCACUGCUCGAGGGCAGCAGGCAUCAAAAGCUGGUGGAAGAUACUAG